AUGUACGGGCGGUUGGGGCUGAUUUUGGUGGUUGUUGGGUGCGCCUGGUCCGCUUGUGUUACCUUAUAUUGCACUCCGUUACCUACAUUUGAGCAAAAUGUCAAAUGUGACGAGUGUGCAAAAUGUGCAUCUGGAAAUAAUAGUUUUUGCGCGGCAACCUCACCCUCAAGCUGCGGUUGUGUCUCUCGCCCUCCAAAAGGCUGCAAAUUCGCCCUAGACGCAAACACCAGCGCCCUCCAAAGAACAACAUUUUGCCAUGUAAUAGAUUCCCCAUCAUUACCCCAGCCAACCGUCCGUCGCCAUGGGAAAUCAGUCCUCUCGAUUGUCGUCCCGCGAUUUUUCAAGGAGGAGGAAUAUCAAAAAUUCCACCUUCAUAAAUUGUCGAUCUACGCAAGUUUUGUGAAGACCAAUGACACCGCUUUAUGCAAAUCGCGCUACCAUAUUGAGGCAGAAGACAAGGGGUCGAGAUGUGUCUUCAGAGUACCGUUAGCUAUGCCAGGAUUGGAAUUUAAAACUGAUUAUGCCUAUUAUUACGAUGAUGGAUCCGAAUUAGAAACCGAAUUAUCGACAGAUAUGUUUGGCGACGCGUCAGAAGUACAAAUUUGGAUUGAGGUAACCAACACCCAAAAAAUCCGCAUCGACCGCCGCGGCCUCCGCUUCAACAACAUUUUCUUUUCCCCGAAACUGACCGAACAAUUAGCCACGGCACCUCCGCCGCCGCCCGCC